GUCACGCAGCUGCACGUCGAAACAGGAAGUCAGGGAGCAGGAAAAAAUCCUCGGAUAAGGGAGAGAAGAGCACUUCAAUGAAAAAAUGAGCCGAAUCUAUCACAACACGACACUCCAGAACAAACCGGUACACAAUGAAAAAUUUGACGGCGUGUGGUCCCCCUCCGUGUACGAAAGGUAGGGGCUUCAACACUUGUUCGUGGACUGUGACAGUUAACAAGUUUCAGUAGCUACUGCUCAAACUGUUGUGUGACAGCACCAAAACAAACAGAGAAAUGUCGUCUUUUUUAUUAUAUCACACGAAUUUUACAUCAUACAGAUAACCGAGAACGUUCUUGUUACAGGUUUUAAUAGGUUUUGUGUUCUACUCUCCUGUGGUCCCGAAAAGUACAAAAUCUUCCUAAAACUUUAGAGAUGUGUUGAUGCAGACUGCUGGCUGACGCCCUCUAACGCAUGUUCACUUUAUUGAAGUGUGGUGAUUGUAUGAUUUGUCUUAAGGCCUAAAAGUGCAUCUUUGAAAAUGAGAAUAUAAUUUAAAAGUUUAACAUUUUAAAUUAGUCAUUUACAAAAAAUAAAAAUAAAAAAAAUUCCAGACUCAUUACAUGUAAAGUCAAAUGGCUGUGUCUCAAUUCAGGGUCUGCAUACUGCCCAGUACACUGCCCAUUAUGCACCCUGCAUUGGGGCAGUGUACUUGACUUUUGUGCAUUUCGGACGGUCUUUCUGCCCUCAGGCCCGCAUUGCAACUGACUUGAAGGAAAGCCGCAGAGUGCAACAGUUUUUAUUUUUAUUUUUUUUACUGUGCAACCUUGCAUACAUACUAAGUUUCUUCAUUCUUUAAUUUCUCUUUUGUAUUUAUCACUGCUGUAAAUUUGUAAUUUCCCCUUGUAGGAGGAAUAAUGAAAUAUCUUGUCUUAUCUAAUUUCUCCAUGAUGCCAAAUGUUUUGGCAGCUCUCUUAUUUCUAAUGUUUUUGAUUGUGGGAGCAUAGCGGAUCAGUUCUUUUCUAAAGAGUAAUGUAUAGUUUAAAGGUGCAGGUUUGAGUGAGUAAAUAGCAUGAGUUCAUGGAGCCUGGGCUGACUGUCAUGGGUUUUGGGAUUUUCUUUCUUUUCUUUGAAGAGGUGCUUCGCCUGCAAGCAGUCUGACGUCUUAACCCAGUUCAGUUCAUAUAUUCUACUAUGUUUUAUCAAACCCAAAUUCAACACAGCUGCCAUAGCUAGGAGGGCAUGCUUUCACUCAUGGACAAGCUUCAUGGAGGUUCUUACACCCAUCCCAAUAGGACUAUGCACCUGCCCACAGUGCCAAAACUAAUACCAAAUUGUUUUGUUCACCACAAUAUCACUGUGCCUGACUGGCCAGCCAUUUUACCUGGAAUUUGACGUCUAGAGAAACUGAGGGGCUGUUGUCCUGUGGAAGAUUAGAAACACCAGAUUCAAAAUAUACAGAUGAGCUGACGGUCACUAUCAGAGCAAAAUGGGCCUUAGGAACACCUCAGCAGCGGCACAGGUUGAUCGACGUCCAUGCAUUUCAGCAAUGAUAAAGGAACUAUAAUCAAGGAUUAAGUGUAUGAACACUCACAGAAAUAUACGUUUUAUUUCAUGAACUGUCAACUAUAAUCAUUAAAAAUAAAAUAAAAAGGGCUUGAAAUAAUUUACAUCGUGUAAUGAAUGAAUAAUUUAUGUAUAAAAGUCAAUCUUUUGUAUUAAAUUAUAAAAAUGUGUUUUUCUACAUUAUUCUUGUUUGUUGAGAUGCAUUUGUACUUACACCCAUUAAUGAUAACAUUUUUACUUUUCAGUCUUUUCUUUAAAAAUGUUUCAACAAAGCGAAAUAAUGUCAUAAAAUCAGCAAAGCAGUCUGUUUUACUCUGCUGAAAUUUUAAUCAUAAUACAUGUAAAAGGGGGAAUAUCAAUUUAAGCAACAUUAGCAAGAAACUGCUCAUUCAAAAGUAGAAUUACUCUAAUAUUUGAUGUUUGUCUUUUGCACAGUGGACAGGGGGUGCUGUUGGAGGGAAAGCUGAUGGAUAUUUCCAGACACACCAUCAGUGAUGCCAGCAAUCAGAAGGUACAGGGAGCAAAGUUCAGCCAGGAGCUUUAAAAAUUCUUGUGAGGGAUUUUUCCUCUUUCGAAAAAAAGACUGUGUUGAUCUGUGCAACUGUGCUAACACUUUAUAUGGACUCGCCUCUUAUCAUGCAUCAAAAACACUUUUAAAAAGGUUUGUUGUAAAAGCUUUAUAACAACCCUUUUUAGUGACUAUCCGCAUUCAAAACAGCUUAUGACUUGAGAAGUGUUCCAAGCAGUGAGCAGAAUGCUUUAUCAAGGUAUGCUUAUGGUGCACUAUACUUUCAUGCAUUAAAAAAAAGUGCAAUUCUAAAACUGUAUCUUGCGAUGAAUUAUUUUUAUCUGAUACUUCACACAAAGCCUUGAAAUUAUGUUUAUAAGUUCUUAUAAAUGUGUUAUAGUAGAUGUGUUAUUUAUAAAUGUAUGUAAUGAUACAUAAAAUGAGUUCUUUAUGAACCACUUUAACCAAGUAAAGUUGUGAGAGUUAUUAUGUUUAUUUUACCCAGAAUUUAAAAGACACUUUUGUUCUUUAGCAUGAAGGUAUGCUGCAUUUUAAACCAAACCUAUGUAAGGAAUUAUGUUCACUGCUCAUAACACUUCAUAAACAUUGCUGUAAGCUGGUAUGAAUGCAUAUAAUUACUUAUAAGGGUUGUUAUAUAGAUGUAUUAAUGUGGCUUUAUAAAUGCACAUAUAGCGCAUCGUAAGAGGUGGGUUUAUAUAGUGGAAAUCCUUCAGGAGUCUUAGUGAUUUUAUGUAUUGACAUUUUUUUGAUAUUAGAAAUUCAAAGCAAAAACAGGAGACUCCAAAGAGAUACGCUUUUACCAAAUUCUUUUAAGAGUUUACAUUUUAGAAGGACUCAAUACAACCACUGUGUUUAUCCUCUUACUUUUUUCUGCUCCGAUCAGGUCCGUGUCUUUGUGCUGUACAUCAAACCCAGCCGCAUCCACAAGAGGAAGUUUGAUGCAAGCGGGAAAGAGAUUGAGCCAAACUUCAGUGAUACAAAAAAGGUCAACACUGGCUUCCUCAUGUCCUCCUACAGUGAGUCAAGAGCUAGAAACAUUAUGUCUGUAUUUUUAAUCUCCUUGCAAAACUGACUCCUUAUCAAUAUGUCUGCCAUCUGCAACCCACACUUUGAGUCCUGUAUCAGUGUGAUAUUUAAAAGCCGGUUGAAAAGGACGGGGAUAUUAUAGUAUAUGUUUUCCAGAAGCCAAAUCUGACAUUUUCAAAAGAAUAUGCAAUGAGAUACUUUUUUUUGUCCGAGAGAAAGAUUCAACCGGAAAGGUUUUUUGUUGUAGGACAUAAUUAAAUCAGUUUAAAUGUAAAACAGGCCAUUUCAGUUUCGUUUUUCAUCAUGAUGAUCAAUUUUAGAACAACCAGUUUGGUAAAACUUUUGUAAGUCUGUAAGACAUCAUGAAAUUGCUUCUGUGCCCGCUACAAAGGGUAACAUCCUGGUCUAGUUCUGUCAGUCAGUUAUCAGAAAAAAAUCAUAAUCCACUCUGGGAGGAGACAGAGUGAAGGUACAGCAUGUUGGUUUUAACUUUGUGUUAGUCAAAGAUAAGACAGAAUUCAUUAAUGACAAGAAACAGACACAGACUUUUCAAUAAUUUUUAAAAUGUUUUUUUGUUUGUUUGUUUGGGAGUCCUGAGAUUUCAGGCUCCCUGUAACUCUUAUUUCCUUGGCUAAUAUGUACAUUUUGGUUCACAUAGAGGUGGAGGCCAAAGGGGAGUCAGACCGUCUGUCUGAGGAGCAGCUGUCAGCCAUGGUGAACAAAGCAGAACUGGUGAAAAUAACUGACAAGCACCGACCCAGUGGGACUGUGGCCUUUUGGUAUCCAGAGUCAGAGAUGGACAAGACGGAUCUGGAAAUGGGUCAGGAUGUCCGACUGAAGACCAGAGGGGACAGUCCCUUCAUAUGUGAGGUUACUUAGGUUAUACUUAGAUGAUGCUUUUAAUUUUCUGCUGCUCCCACAUUAAACUGUGUUCAGUUUUGCAAACAGAAUGAUAAGCUGUGAAGCAUAUUCCUAACCGUCUAGUGGUGGAGUGGUGUGCUGUCUCUCUGUGCCAGAUCAUACCAAUAAUUAAGUACUUUAGGAAAUUAAAUUUAAUGUGUGCAGCUACUAAUUUUGUUUUACGAAGCCUUUAAAUAUAAACUUUCUUUUCUUUUACUUCGGUGCUGCCAGUCUCUCUGUCAAAAGUAGACGGUGGUACAGUGACCAAGUGCAACUUUGCUGGAGAUGAAAAGGCUGGAGCAUCGUGGACAGACAAGAUCAUGGCCAACAAAACGGGUGCAGAGAGCGAUCAGCUUAGGGGAGAAGGAGACGGAGCAGGAGAGGAUGAAUGGGUGAGGACACCUCCCAAAUCUUGAUCCAGUUUGUACACAGUUCUGCAAAGUCAUCAUAAAUCAUAAAUUUUGUCUGAAUGUGUAGUUCAGAAUACAAACACAACGGGGUGCUGUGUAGACAAAUUGAAACAAGAGAAGUCUCACCUCUCUCACUUUGUUCUCUCUCAGGAUGAUUGAGGAAAGGAUCUCUCUGAACUCCUGGCCUACUCCUGUCCCCGGGUUAUACUGCUUCAGCUUGGACCACUCCAUCUCUGUCACUGGAUGUGACUUCACUAGAGUAUUACUCUCUUAAAUAUGUGGAUGUUGGCACGAAACCUGGUGCACUUGCACUGUUACUAAAUGAGAGUCUAGCCGCUCUCUGCAACAUGACUUUUCUUUUUCACUUCGGUUAAUUUACCCACAGUUAGUUAUCCGGCUGGGACUUAAGCUUGCAUUUUCUGUUGCAGUGUUUUUCUUGAACCAAAAAGGCCAUAAUAGUGUGUACAAUAAAAAGACCCUCACUGUUUUGUAAAGGGGUAUUUUGUAGAAUUUCAUUAUGUUUAGCACAGUAGAUUUUGUAGAAAUCUAAAUAUUUGUAUGUUUAAUGUAUAAUUAAAAGUCUUACUUUUGAUUGGCUGUUCAAGGAAUAACCAACCUAUGUUAAAA